ACCAAACGGGGGAGAAUGUAUUCAAGGAUGUUGAAGAAUGGUGUACACCGUUUUGGGAAAACGUCGUUAGGUAGGCCUACAAACCGUCAUGAAACGUAGUAAACGUUGAGGCGAACUGAACGUACAUUUGCCUAGAUUUCAGGUAGGCUACAUUCCCUGUGAUUUGAGAACAACAAGGUAUGACAGAAGGACAUUUGCAUAGAUCUCCGCCCCCAAUGCUUUCGUUGCGUAGUAGUACAACACAAAACACCUUCACAGUUCUCAAAGUUCAGUAUUUCAGAGACUGGACCUAGUUAGUUUACUCUGCUACAAUAUUUUAGUGAUAGACGUUCGCACGCGCGCACUCAUUAUCCAGCCAAAGUUUCAACCUGGGUGGAAUUUAUUCUUCGCCCUCGCAGCAAGAUGUCUAUUCAGAAUACCUCCACGUCAUACAGGACCGUCAGCGUCUCGUCGGACCCAGCCACCACAGUUCUAUCGCCGGGCCAAUACAUCGACGGUUACAGAACUAUGAGUGUUUCGUCUGCUCCGGUACAGUAUGGCAUCGGCAAUGGCUACGAUACCGUGCGCUACCUAAUGCCAGUUCAGCAGGCGAGUCAGCAGCAGCAGAUGCAGUAUGUGCUGGUCAACCAGCCCCCCCAGGUUAUGCAGCAGAUGGUGUCACCUGUAUAUUUGCAGAAUAUCCAGAGGGUCCGUGUAAAUAGUUUGGAAGAAUCAGACAUCUACCGAGAACAAAUUGUAGAGGAGGUGGAGGAGGUUAAAGAGGAGAUGGUGAACAUCGUUAAGGAGAAUGUGGUGAAGAGGGUGAUAGAGAGCGUGUCUCAGGUGGGGAUAAAGAGUGAGGUGAGGGAGGUAGUGCCCGUGGUGAAGAUGGACACACGUUUCUUCGGAGAGCUGCUGGCGGAGGUUUACAGGAAGAACUGUGACAUCCACACCUGCAUCUCAGAACAUGUGGCCAAGAUACGUGGAAGGAAACACCUCUUAGAUCCCAGUAAUGACUACAAGGUAAAGAGAGAGGACAUUGAGGCCCUGAUCCCCAAACGAGCAUCUGAGCUGACCAAACAGCAGCUCCGCUACCUGCUGCAGACCCGUAUGACAGCAGACAAGACCAUGAGUCUCCUUCUGACUACCUUCAGCAGCCUGAGGGAGGAGAUGAUCCACAUGUCAGAGGAUCUGAGGCAUCUGGAGAGUGAGAAGGAGUCCCUGGAGAGAGACCUGAGCUUCAAGGCUGACCAGGCUGAGCAGUAUGACCGCCUCCUAGAGGCCAUACGAGAGAACAACAGACAGCUACAGAUUUCUCUGAAGGAGACCAGCUCCAGCCAGCGGACCCUGGAGACUCAGCUCCUGAGCAGCCGCACUACAGACUCAAACAGGGACUUCCGCAUCAAAGAACUGGAGGGGAGCUACCGAGCCCUGGAGAAGGAGAACGAGAUGCUCAAACAGAAGUUGGCUGGCCAGUGUAGCAGUAGCACCAUUCAGAUGAAUACAGAGGAGCUGUCACGUCAGUACUCAGAGCAGCUAGCUGCCCUGCGCCAGGAGAAGGACAAGGAACUGCAGAGCCUCAGGUCCCAGCUGACGCGGAUCACCACAGAGUACACCACGGAGAGGUCAGGUGACAAGAGCCUGCAUCUCCGCAUCACACAGCUGCUGACAACACUGGAGCAGCGGGAGGUCGUCAUCAAACGUCAGGAAGAGGACAUCCGGCUGUUGCAGCAGGAGAAGAGAGACAGCUCCAAGAACGUCACCACGACCACUAUCACCAAAAGGUACAGGAACCAGUACCCCCUCCUGGGCCUGCUAACUGAUGACUACAAUUCCACAUCGCCUGUCAAGGAUACCAAGACCAUCGUAAUCGAGAGCCGGACGGGGGAGAUGAUCAAACAGGAAAUCAUUACAACCCCUUAAAGACACUGCUUCUCUCUGCUCGGCACAGGAAUGAACGACAAGAAGACCUUGACCCCCCCCCCAGCAUGCUUCCCUCUCCCCGUCCCUCGUCCUCGGGGCUCCCAGGGUGGUGGUGGCAGGGGUUCAGCACCCCUAUAUAUCGGAUGGGUGGUUUUGACCAAAUGGGGUUUGCUUGGACAGGAGGCUUCACUUUGGCUGGGAUGGGGGGCAUCAAAUACUCAACAACCAAAUAUGUUAUAAUAGAAGCUUAGCGGUUAAGAGUACUAGGCCGGUAACCGAAAAGGUUGCUGGUUCGAAAUCCCUGAGCCGACUAGGUGAAAACUCUGUCUGUGCCCUUGAGUAAGGCACUUAACCCGAAUAUCUCCAGUAAGUCACUCUGGAUAAGAGCGUCUGCUAAAUGAUUAAAAUGUAAAAUGCUUAUGCUACAGCCAGGAGGGCUGAGAGUGGACAGGAAGAGGGGGCUGGGGCUUAGUAUGCAGCUCACUAGUGUGUCUGUCCUCCCUGCUAGUCUUUAGGACAUCUCCUCUAAAUGUGCUAUAGUGAUAGUAUGGUUACUAUGCAUAUAAAUAAGGAAGCUAAAUAUGCUUUAAUUAUGCACUAAUUAAAGAGACUGUAUGGUCAAAUUUGCUUUGUUCUGCCUCUGUUCUGGUCUUUUGCUUUUAUUUUGUGGCAAGGUACAUAGUUGUGUUAUGUUUCAGCUGCAUUUUGUUUCAUGUUUAUACCUUAAGAGGUGCAAGGGUAUGUUUUGUUGUUAUUGAAUGGAACGCUGCGCUUGGGGUUGGGGAGGGGGGUUGGAGUGGGGUGUAUUAGAAUAUCAGUGACUGGGUUGGACAUGGCCUGGGGGCAUGGUUCUAUGGAUGAUAUAAAAUGGUGGAUGAACUGAACAUUUGAAAAGUAAAAUGAACAAUGUAUGAAGUAGCAUGUUUUUCCUUUGGAUUGUUAUCUGCUGAAGGGUCAUUAUUUCAUUGCGGUGGUAAAUGCUGUCCCUUUGAAACCAUAUAAAUACACUUUCAAAUGACAAAAACGUUUUCCAUUUUAUGUAACUAUUAUUUAAUAAGAAAACAAACUCAGCAAAAAAAAAUAAACGUCCAUUUUUCAGGACCCUGUCUUUCAAAGAUAAUUCGUAAAAAUCUAAAUAACUUCACAGAUCUUCAUUGUAAAGAGUUUAUACACUGUUUCCCAUGCUUGUUCAAUGAACCAUAAACAAUUAAUGAACAUGCACCUAUAGAACGGCCGUUAAGACACUAACAGCUUACAGACGAUAGGCAACUAAGGUCACAGUUAUGAAGACUAAAGAGGCCUUUCUACUGAGUAUGAAAAACACCAAAUGAAAGAUGCCCAGGGUCCGUGCUCAUCUGUGUGAACGUGUUUUAGGCAUGCUCAAGGAGGCAUAAGGAUUGCAGAUGUGGCCAGAGCAAUAAAUUGCAAUGUCCGUACUGUGAGACGCCUAAGACAGCACUACAGGGAGACAGGACGGACAGCUGAUCAGCCUCACAGUGGCAGACCACGUGUAACAACACCUGCACAUGAUCGGUACAUCUGAACAUCACACCUGCGGGACAGGUACAGGGUGGCAACAACAACUGCCCGAGUUAGACUAGGAAUGCACAAUCCCUCCAUCAGUGCUCAGACUGUCCGCAAUAGGCUGAGAGAGGCUGUACUGAUGGCUUGUAGGCCUGUUAUAAGGCAGGCCCUCACCAGACAUCACUGGCAACGACAUCGCCUAUGGGCACAAACCCACCGUCACUGGACCAGACAGGACUGGCAAAAAGUGCUCUUCCAUGACGAGUCACGGUUUUGUCUCACCAGGGGUGAUGGUCGGAUUCGUGUUUAUCAACGGAGGCAUGACAUUACACCGAGGCCUGUACUCUGGAGCGGGAUCGAUUUGGAGGUGGAGGGUCCAUCAUGGUCUGGGGCAAUGUGUCACAGCAUCAUCGGACUGAGCUUGUUGUCAUUGCAGGCAAUCUCAACGCUGUGCGUUACAGAGAAGACAUCCUCCUUCCUCAUGUGGUACUUUCAAUGUACUUCCUGCAGGCUCAUCCUGACAUGACCCUCCAGCAUGACAAUGCCACAAGCCAUACUGCUCGUUCUGUGCGUGAUUUCCUGCAAGACAGGAAUGUCAGUGUUCUGCCAUAGCCAGCGAAGAGCCCGGAUCUCAAUCCCAUUGAGCGCAUCUGGGACCUGUUGGAUCGGAGGGUGCGGGAUAGGUCCAUUCCCCCCAGAAAUGUCUAUGAACUUGCAGGUGCCUUGGUGGAAGAGUGGGGUAACAUCUCACAGCUAGAAUGGGCAAAUCUGGUGCAGUCCACAAUGAGGAGAUGCACUGCAGUACUUAAUGCAGCUGGUGGCCACCCCAGAUACUGACUUUUACUUUUGAUUUUGACCUCCAUUUUGUUCAGGGACACAUUAUUCCAUUUCCGUUUGUCACAUGUCUGUGGAACGUUCAGUUUAUGUCUCAGUUGUUGAAUCUUGUUAUGUUCAUACAAAUAUUUACACGUUAAGUUCGCUGAAAAUAAACGCAUUUGACAGUGA